AUGGCAACGCUGCCGGUUUCUACCCAACCGAAUUGUGCUACUCCAAUUCCCAUUUCACCUUGGCAGUUGGUACGUAUCUAGCAGGCACCGAACGCGCCGACAACUUGUCAGAAAUACCAGGUUACACCCCGGUUGCAAUCUAGAUCGGGAAUUUUUCUCCACACAGGCUUGUUUUAAUGUUUCCCGUCGCGUCAGUCAACAAGAUUUUUAGAGAAUGUCAGCCGCAUGAUAAAUUAGAUUGACCAUGCUGCUUGUCCAUGCUUAUUUCAUGCCCGUCUUCUUCUCCUGUUUCUUUCUUUUGGUACAGCCUCAAAACCACAGAUCCAACUGCAAUGGCCGAUGAAACCACCCCUCUUCUAAGAGUAUCUCCCCAGAGAAACAGCAGACAGGCCCACUGGAUUUUAUUCGUCCUCUCCAUCGUCAUAGUCACAAUCGACUUUGCGGGCUCUCUUUCCGUCGCUCCCCAGACGCAAAUCCUCGAGGACAUCAUCUGUCGCGAUCUUCACCCCGAUUCCAUCGCAUCAUCUUCAUCAACAUGCAAGGACGCCGACGUCCAGAGCGAACUAUCGCUCAUUAUCGGAUGGACAGAGACCUUUAAUCAGCUGCCGGGGAUUAUUCUCGCCCUGCCAUUUGGUUUUAUGGCUGAUCGAGUAGGAAGGAAGAAAGUCACCAUUCUAAGUCUGGUUGGGCUCAUCUUGCAGGAGGUUGCGCUGAGAAUUAUCUGUUGGAACAGUCCUGCCAUUCCGCCUCGGGCCAUCUGGUUCACAGCGUUAUUCCAGAUCUGUGGCGGCGGAGCACAAAUCGCUGCCUCGAUGGUCUUCACCAUGUUAACGGAUAUCUAUCCAGUUGAGAAACGCACGAACAAAUUCUUCAUCAUCGCUGCAGCAGCUCUCGGAACUCAAAUCAUAGCCAACCCUAUCAGCGCGUGGCUAAUGACCAGAUCGCCCUGGCUACCGUAUCUCCUCACUUUGGCCUGUGAGUUCUUUGGCCUGACUGUGCUGCUGUUUAUACCAGAGACGCUGCCUAAAAAUUUACACGGGGAUGACGAGACCACAUCACAAAGCGCAGCGGAUAAAGGUAGGAGCGAGGGCACGCAGGAUAGUAUCUUCAGCACGGUUUUCCGUUCCGCAUUAACCCAAUUGCUGCGUAUACGCGAAUUCAUCUGGAACGACAAGACCGUCUUUGCAAUCUCAGCUGCAUUCUUCGCAGCCAAUGUUGGCGACCAGGCACUGAGGUUGGCACUGCAGUAUGCAUCAAAGAGGUUCGGCUGGUCAGUGGCAAAGGCCAGCAUCCUCCUCUCAUUGAAAGGGAUCAUAAACUUCGUGCUCCUCCUACUAAUCCUUCCAGUAAUCUCCCACCUCCUCACCACCUACUUCCGCCUCGCCCCGAUUCCAAAGGACCUCCUGAUCGCACGCACCAGCGCCGCCCUCCUUGUCAUCGGCUUCAUCCUCAUGGCCCUCGCCCCAGAGCCCAUCCUCUUCAUCAUGGGAAUCUCCAUCCUCUCGCUGGGCUGGGGCUUCUACGCGGCACUGCGCAGCGUCGUCAGCGCCCUCGUGAGCGAGGACCAUAUCGGCCUGCUGAAUACCACUAUUGCGCUUGUACAGGGGCUGGGAGCUGUUGUGGCGGGGCCGGCGCUAGCUGGGGCGUUCAAUCAGGGUAUGAGGAUGGGUGGCGCGUGGAUUGGUUUGCCGUAUCUUGUGGGGGCGGUUUUGGUUGGGGCGGCCGGGGGCGUUACGGCGGUUGUGAGCCUUGAGUCGAGGUGAGAAUGGAGGGAGAGCGAAGAGGACGGUAUCCACCAGUAGGAGUGGCUAAUAUUUUGAUAUAUACUUGGGACUUGGGCGAUAGAAUUCGUCUUGACAGGAUAAACAUAGAUCUUGGAGGAAUACGAGUACCUUGCCAUGUUGUUGUCAGUCUAUAAUUAGAUACUGAGGAAAAUCAGGAAGUGACCAAGUCUGAGCUGCAUAAUAACUAUACAUAGCCGUGUCAGCCGCGCUAGAGACUCCUGGGCUGCUUGGCU